CACCAGCCAGGCCUAGAGAUAGAAAUAAUAAUUUGCCGUCGUUCUGCCGCAGAAACGAGAAUUCCUUGGUCCCUGAAAAGGCAUGUGUAUGUAUGCUCUUCUCGAUGCCUCGUUUUCACCUGCCAUUUUGUAGCUGCUGAAUUGAAAUUCGCUGAGGUCGACGUGAGCAAGCGCACAAGCGGCCGAGGGACCUGUAAACCACGAAAAAAUGGCAGAAUUAAAAAAAAAGGCUCCUGGUCCUGGUAAAAUAUCUAAAGCCAUCCUCUAGCUCAGAUCCUCGGAAAAUGACAGUGAUAUGCUUUCCCCACUAACCAAAAGCUCCACCACCUCCCUCCCCAAUAUUACCUCCAUGGCUAACCAAAUCUCCAAUCACCGAGCACCGGUUCCGCGUUCCUGUGGGUAGGCAGCUCUUAGGGUACCUACUAGCUGCUGCCCCUGUCCUGCCAGUUCGCAGAUUCACUCUCAGCACGCCGCCAAACAGCAGCAGCUCCUGUCCUGUGCUAAGUAACCAACCAUCCACCAUGACUCCCAUGGGGCCUUGAUUCAUGCUGCCUGCAACUGCAACCCUCGACGUCUCUGUUCCACUUCCAGGGACAGGUCCAUGAGCUGCUUCUAGAGCCACUCCCUUCCGCCACGUCCAUGGCUCGCGCCGUCCUCGACACGCUCCUGCGGGUCGCCGUCGUGCUGCUGCUGCUGCCCGCGCUGGUGGCCGCCGCGUUCACCCCGGCGGACGACUACCUCGUGCUCUGCGGCACGGCGGCGAACGCCACCGUCGACGGCAGGACGUUCCUCGGGGACGACGGCCUCCCCGCGGCGGCCGUGCUGCCGGCGCCCCGGGGCUCCGAGGCCAGCGCGUCGGCGGCCAGCGGCUCCGACGACGCGGCGCUGUACCGGUCCGCGCGCGUCUUCGCGGCGCCGUCCUCGUACACGUUCGCGAUCAAGAGUCCCGGGCGCCACUUCGUGCGCCUCCACUUCUUCCCCUUCCGGUACGGGUCCGGCGACCUCGCCGCGGACGCCGAGUUCAGCGUGUCCGCGCAGGGCCUGCUGCUCAUCGACGGGUACGCGCCCGCCAACGGCACGCCCGCGGUCCGGGAGUUCUCCGUCAACGUCGCCGGCGGCACGCUGGCGGUCGCGUUCGCGCCGGCGGCGGCGGGGAAGGUGGCGUUCGUCAACGCCAUCGAGGUCGUGUCGCACCCCGACGACCUGUUCGCGGACACGGCGCAGACGGUGAGCCCCAUGGGCCGCUACGCGGGGCUGUCCACGCAGGCGCUCGAGACGGUUAACAGGGUCAACAUGGGCUCUCCCAAGAUCACGCCCAGGAACGACACGCUGGGAAGGACGUGGCUUCCCGACGAAGCCUUCCUGGUCGACAGUUCGGUCACGGUGCACAGGGAUGUGGCGCCGUCGAAGCUCCGGUGGACGCCAGGCUUGGCGACGCCCGAGACGGCGCCAGGCAUGGUCUACGCUACAGCGACGGAGAUCAACACCAACCUGGUGUCCGCCAGCACCAUAAGCGUGCAGUUUAACAUGACGUGGAAGCUCCAGGCCGCGCCGGGGUCGGCGUACCUGCUCCGGCUACACUUCUGCGACAUCGUCAGCAAGGCGGCGAACGGGUUGGUCUUCAACGUCUACGUAGGCGGGUGGAAUGUGCUGCCGGACUACGAGAUCUCCAGAGACACUUUCAGCGUCCCGGCCGUGCCGUUAUACAAGGACUUCGUGCUCAGCGCCAAGGACGCCAAGGGCAACAUCACCGUGAGCAUCGGGACGUCCACGCUGGGCAACGCGUACCCAGACGGCGUCCUCAACGGCCUCGAGAUCAUGAGAAUGGUCGGGAGCACCGGCGGCGGCGCGGACUCGUCGCAGAGCGGUUCAAAGAAGAAGACCGUCACCGCAAUCAUCGCUGGUUCGGCCAUCGCGGGGGUCAUCACCGUGGUGAUGGCUGUCGCGCUCAUUGUCCUCAUGUUGCGACGACGAAGGAAGAAGCCAGAGAAGAAGCCGUCGAGCACCUGGGUCGCGUUCUCGGAGAGCGCGCUGGGAUCCCGGUCGCACUCGCGCAGCUUCGGCAAGAGCAGCAGCGCAGGCGCCAGGAACAACACGGUCACGCUCGGGCAGAGCGCCGGUGCCGGGUACCGGAUCCCCCUCGCGGCGCUGCAGGAGGCGACGUGCGGGUUCGACGAGGGCAUGGUGAUCGGCGUGGGCGGGUUCGGGAAGGUGUACAAGGGCACGCUGAGGGACGAGACGCAGGUGGCCGUGAAGCGCGGCAACCGGCGGUCGCAGCAGGGGCUGAACGAGUUCCGCACGGAGAUCGAGCUGCUCUCCCGGCUGCGGCACCGCCACCUGGUGUCGCUCAUCGGCUACUGCGACGAGCGCGGCGAGAUGAUCCUGGUGUACGAGUACAUGGCCAGGGGCACGCUCCGGAGCCACCUCUACGACUCCGAGCUGCCUCCCCUCUCGUGGAAGCAGAGGCUCGACGUGUGCAUCGGCGCCGCCAGGGGCCUGCACUACCUCCACACCGGCUCGGCCAAGGCGAUCAUCCACCGUGACGUCAAGUCCGCCAACAUCCUCCUCGACGACAGCUUCAUGGCCAAGGUCGCCGACUUUGGGCUGUCCAAGACCGGGCCGGAGCUGGACAAGACGCACGUCAGCACCGCCGUCAAGGGCAGCUUCGGGUACCUCGACCCGGAGUACUUCCGGCGGCAGAUGCUGACGAACAAGUCCGACGUCUACUCCUUCGGCGUCGUCCUGCUGGAGGUGCUCUGCGCCCGUCCAGUCAUCGACCCGACGCUGCCCCGGGAGAUGGUCAACCUGGCAGAGUGGGCCACGCAGCGGCUCAAAAACGGCGAGCUCGACAGCAUCGUCGACCAGCGGAUCGCUGGGUCGAUACGGCCGGAGUCGCUCAAGAAGUUCGUCGACACCGCGGAGAAGUGCCUCGCGGAGUACGGCGUGGAGCGGCCCGCAAUAGGGGACGUGCUCUGGUGCCUCGAGUUCGCGCUGCAGUUGCAGGAGGCGUCGCCGGACAGCUCUGGCACAGACAACACGCAGCUAGUUCACAGGAGUACGUCCAAAUUCCAUCGCAACCAGUCUACCGUCAGCGACGGGACAGAGGCCACCGUGGCAGCGAACUUGGGGGACCUCGAUGGUAUGUCCAUGAGGAGAGUUUUUUCAAAGAUGGUCAACAGCGAGGAGGGCAGGUGAAGCUAAAAUAAUGUUGCAUCCUCCGUGUACAGCAGUAUAUGAUCAAUAGCCAUGCUGCGGAUUUCAUCUGCACAAGAGGAAUCUCACAAGCAAACAUAACUGAACAUACGACUCUAACAAAUAUAUUACUGAGCAGUGAGCAACAUGUCAGAAGAUUCGCAACAGAACAGUAGUAGCAUAUAUAGCGCACCAUCAUAGCUAAAAAGCGUCAGAUAGCCAUUGCUGUAUCUCCAGCAUGUUCACAGCACCAGCAUUUGUUACAACGAAAAGAAUGCAGUGUGUUCAAUGCGAUCUGAUUAUGAGUCCUAUAGAA